CUAUUUUGCCCGUCCCGCAUAUGCUUGCUUGUCUGCCAUCUGACCAAAGCACCGGCGAGUUGGCUGGCUGAAGAGUAGAAAUCAGAGCAGGCGCCACUCCGUCUCGGCUUCCUGCACAAAGUCUUUGCCUGCCCUUUGCACUCCUCUUCCACGAUUACCACCACCAGACCUCCAGACCUGAGCAAUUGAGAGACGAACAGCAGCAACCAUGGGCGCUAUUCCUGCUUCCGAUGAGCACCUUGAUGUCCUUGUCGUCGGUGGAGGCUUCGCUGGAGUCUACCACCUCUUCGAGCUGCGCCGUCGCGGCCACAAUGUCAAGCUCUUUGACGCUGCGCCUGACUUUGGGGGCAUCUGGCGUCUGAACUGCUACCCUGGCGCUCGCGUAGACUCGGAGCUGCCACUGUACGGCCUAUCUUUCCCCGAGGUGUACAAGACCUGGAACUGGUCCGAGCGCUACCCGGGAUUCAAGGAGCUGCGGCGCUACUUUGACCACAUGGACAAGGUCCUCAAUCUCCGCAAGGAUUGCCGUUUCAACAUGAGGGUCACGGCCUCCCAUUGGGACGAGGCCAACAGUCGCUGGAACAUCACGGCGGGCCCUGAGGGAAAGGAGACGCAUGUGACGGCCAAGAAUGUCAUCUUCUGCAUGGGUUUCGCUUCCAAGGUCAACUUCCCCACGUAUCCGGGAAGGGAGAACUACAAGGGUACUAUGCACCACACGGGUUUGUGGCCUGAUGGGCUCGAGGCAGAGGCAUUCAAGGGCAAGAAGGUGGCCAUCAUCGGCUCAGGUGCCUCGGGUGUCCAAUGCACGCAGGAGAUUGGCAAGCACGCCGACUCUUUGUCUGUCUUUAUCCGUACCCCCAACCUCUGCCUGCCAAUGGCCCAGAUGAAAAUGUCGGCAGACGUCCAGGAGGCCUUCAAGGAUGCGUACCCCGACAUUUUCGAGAAGCGCAAAAAGACCUUUGCGGGCUUCCACUACGACUUUGAUUAUGACGACUGGAAGCGGCACACGCCGGAACAGCGACGGGCCUUUUACGAAGAAAUCUGGGCCAAGAAGGGCUUCCACUUCUGGCUCGAGACCUACGUUGACGUCUACUACCAAAAGGACUGCAACCGGACUGCCUACGAUUUCUGGCAGGAAAAGACCGCGGCAAGGAUUCACGAUCCAAAGAAGCGCGCUUUCCUCGCCCCUAAGGAGUGGCCUCACACGUUUGGCACAGUGCGACCCUCGCUGGAGCAGAACUACUACGACGUACUCAACCAGGAAAAUGUCGACAUUGUGCCCGUCAAGGAACAACCCAUCGAAAGCUUUACCGAAAAGGGCAUCAAGAUGAAGAACGGCGAGGAGAAGCAGUUCGAUGCCAUCAUCCUCGCCACGGGCUUCGACACGCACACGGGAGGCUUCCAACAAAUCGACAUUCGUGGCCAGAAUGGUGUCCCGCUGACAAAGAAGUGGGGAGAUGGAUGCAACUCGUUCCUUGGUCUUGCCACGGCGGGCUUCCCCAACAUGUUCUUCCUCUACGGUCCCCAUGGACCAACGGCGUACAGUAACGGACCAUCGACGGUCGAGAUCCAGGCCGAGUGGACGUGCGACUUCCUUGACUACAUGCGCAACAAGCAGCUGAAGAGCUUUGAUGUCGACCCAAAGACGGAGGAGGAGUUCACAAAGCACAAUGACGACCUCAGUGCUGCUACCCUCUUCCACGACAGCCACGGCUGGUACAUGGGACGAAACGUCCCUGGCAAGAAGCACCAAGCGCUCAAUUUCACAGGCGGCAUUCCUCUUUACGUGAAGGAGCUCAACGAGAGCAAGGAUGACGGCUACAAGGGCUUUGUCAUGGCUUGAAAAGCUUCAACAGAGUUUUCGCAAGCGCUCUAAUCCUGCUAUUCUCUCGCUCCUUCUACCUGUUCUCAUCAGAAU